AUGCAGCUAUGGCUUUGCACUCCGGUAUAGGUUUUUCCAAGAUCCUCGUCAUAGCCGGAACAGGGUACACUACCACUGUUUUGUUCAAUAACCAUAAAUUAUCGGACUUGCUCGGAGAGAAGCUUUUCUCAGAAGCUAGAGAGAGAAACAAAAUCAGCAGAGUAAAGAGAGAGAGAGCUUCGAUCGACAAUGCUGUAUUGGGUUUGUAUUUCCUUUCUCAUUUGCAUUCUCUUUGUUUCAUCGUUGAAUGGAUACAUCUCUUAUGACGGAGUUUCUCAGGAAGUCCGGCGGUGCCGCCGUUAUCGACGGCGGACUCGCCACAGAGCUCGAACGCCAUGGCGCGGACCUCAACGAUCCUCUAUGGAGCGCCAAAUGCCUUCUCACUUCCCCUCACCUUAUUCGUGGGGUUCAUGGAUUUGCUGAAGAUCUUAUGGGGAAAAAAGUUGCUACAAUAUUUGGAAAGUGGGAUGAAAGCAUGUAUUAUGUUAAUGGUGACAGGGGCAACAAUAUGUAUUAUGUCUUUCUAUUUUAUAUAUCCUACGGAUUCCAGGCUUAGACCAGACCAACGACAUUUGGAGAAUGGAGAAUAUGAGAAGGCAAAUGCUGAGAAACAACGUUUAGAGAAAAAGCAAAGAAUGUCAAGGAAAUUACAAGAAAGUGGAUGGAAACCAAAAUAGUUCGAAAGAGGAAGUGAAGAUGGACCUUUCUGCUACAUGGGUCGGUAGUCCUUACUAUGUCGUCC